AUUUGUGCAAAGGUACCAUUGCAUAUCGGACAACACAGCGGGAGAGACUUACCCGCCAUCCCACGCAUAGACAACAUGAGGACCUUUGUUUGUUUGUUGUUGGCAGUGGCCAGUUGCAAGGCCGGUGUUAUUGAAUCGGGCGGAUGGCAUGGCUUAAAUGGAUUGUCAGGUCACGACGGUGGACUUGAAGGAGGCUCUUCAGGGGGCUACAAUUACGCGCCAUCUAGUGGAGGACAUGAUUUAGGGGGUGGACACGAUUUAGGAGGAGGACAUGGUGGACAAGACUACACGUUGGCAUUGACUCAAGGAUCUGGAGGACACGACUUCUCUGGUGGCCAAUCAUUAGCUGGACAUGAGGGGAUCGGCUCGCAGGGUCUUGAAGGUCACGGAGAUGUAUCUUCUUUCGGAGGUCACGGGUUAGGAGGAGGGGACUCUUAUUUACAAGCGGCUCAUGAUCUAGGAGGAGGUUUUGGACACGGAGGCCAAAGUUUCGGAGAUGCAGGACAAGGUUUCGGGCACGGAGGCCAAGGUUUUGGACAUGGAGGACAGAGCUUUGCGAGCUAUGGAGGUGAUAUCGGUGGUCAGGACGGUGGCGAUCACGGCGAUGCUGGUUUUGGCGGUCAUGGCGGUGACUCCGGCGAUCAUGGUCAAGGUUUCGUCCUUCAAGAUGGCGGCCAUGACUUCGGCGACGGCGGUCACGGCGAGCAAGCUAUCCCUGUUGGCGAACACGUCGAUGUUGAAAGUCCAGUGACUGUACCCUUGUACAAACAUAUUACUGUCCCCAUCCACAAACCAAUCCACGUGAACGUACCAAAACCUAUUCUCGUGGGUGUACCUCAGCCGUACCCCGUAAAAGUGCCAGUCAACAAGCCUGUCCCAGUUCCGGUUGAAACUGAAAUUUCGAUUCCCAUUGAGAAGGUUGUCCCUUACCCUGUGGUGAAGCACGUGCCUUACCCAGUGGAGAAACACGUGCCAAUAAAGGUGGAGAAGACGGUCACAGUUCACGUGCCUCAGCCUUACCCCGUCAAGAUUCCCAUCUAUAAGACCAUACACCAUCAUAAAGACCAUUAAGGUCUGAUUUGGUAUUGGUUGUAUGAUUGUUCGUAUGUAUGUGUGUGCUGUGCUAUUAACCGUGCCUUGUAAAUAUUGUUGAUUAAUUUUAAGUCAUUUUCAACUGUCUUCAUGUUGUAGUUGAUUUAUUUAUUAUUGUGUUGUUGUUGUUGUUAUAAUACAUGUUAUAUUUUUUGUACAA